AUGGCAGGCGUCCUGUGCCCUGUACCCGCUGUAAGCUGGAGCCAGGCGGGGGAGGGACUGGAGGACCUGGAGAAAACCAAUAAGGAAAAAGCCCACUUUACGGGUACUGCUCCGUCUUCCAUCACACUCACGGAGGAUAAACUAAAACAAUGGAUGCAGAACAUUGUCAGCUACGAUUCUAUCCAAUUGAGACGAGGGACUGUGAAGGUCCUCGUCGGGAGAAACGGUGGAGAGGGUCACUUUACUGCAGUUCAUGGCAGGGCAGGGAUGGAUGGAUGGAAGGAUGUCGUCCAUCUGGUUGGCUCUUUUGUGUUGUGGCCGCGUGGGAUGUCCCUUGUCCCGAAAUUCUUCAAGCUUCUGAUGGUUGUCUCCGGCGGGCAUUUCUUACUGGUGGGCUUGAGCCAUGGAUGGUCUAACAUCAACUCGUCAUUAGCCUCUCACAAGAUGGACCUCAGUCUCGAAGAUCAGAGCCUUGCAAACCUCGCAGCUUUAGCUCUGACUCGCCUACCAGAAUUGGAAUUUGGCCGUGCUGGUGCCCAGGGGUACUUGUAA